AUGAGGGCCGACGGCCUGAGACGGCUGUCCUGCCAGUCGCAGGACGCCAAUAACCACCUCAUGACCCUACGUCUGCCCUUUCAGGAGGCCAAAUUCACCACCAUCAUCUGCGCCUCAAUGACCGACUCCGAUGACGUGAAGAACACGUACGAAAACUCGAAUUCCCUCCUGGCAACUGUGCCGAGAGCGGGCAAACUAUUUUCACCUAUAGACAUCGGUGCCAGUGUCGGCACAGACCAUGCUGGCCGGGUUGAAGCUCGCGGUAGGCAUAAGAUCGGUUGCUAAAACAGCAGUAGGCUUUUUCUCCUGCAGGCCUGUGCGUAACACAAUCUACUUCUGCUCAACACUUCCCGUCUUCCGAUUUGGUAGCAGACGACGUGGAUGUACCUUCACUCGCGUCAUUCGCAUCUGCUGGGCUACGCUUAAGUUAGAAGGCCUAACUAGUGGGACGUGCUCGUGACAAAGGCGAUGUGUGCUGCCUACUUCCGGACGGACUACCGCCUUGUCAUCUGCACGAUGAGGUUCCAAUUGUAACCGCGCAGGCAACCGCAAGGUAAGUUAACACCAAGUAAGCUAGAUACUGUACUACUUAGUACGGCUAAACGCUGAUUGAAUUUUAGCAGAGAUGCAAAAUCCGGGGGCGCAACCGUUGCUGAAAAUCGAUGGAGGGAGUUGCGGGAUAUCGUCCAGGUCGCCGCGAUAUAAGCUCUAUGCUGCGCACGCCGUCGCCACCAGGAUUGGCCUGAUGUGAACUACGGAAAAAUUCGCACUUUCCUCCCCCAGAAACCCAGACCCACACCAUCAAUAGCAACAACAACAAUAAACUUUAUACUUCUAAGGCCGACGGCUAGUACACCAGAGGGUGAGGGGGAUACAGAACGACUGGCUGACGCACAAAGCUGAGGAGUCCACGGACAUACCGGCCGCAGUGGGACGAAAAAUUUUAUUGCGGCCAUAUAAGCAGUCUACGGUCCCCGAGCCAAGGAGACUGCGCCACUGCUAAGCCAGAAUAGAGUAACUAUCCUGGCAGAAAAUUCACAUUCCCUAUGCGCUGGGCCAUGCACUACCAGCGCGUUCUCAGCCACCCAUCGGCAGCAUGGGAAGACACCAUCAACUGACUUUAUUAAGUGGACGACAGUUUCACUCCCUGAGAACAGUGCAACAGACUCUCGAUGGAAAAGCACCGGUAGCAGCCGCAAGCCCAACCGAGUUUUGCAAGUACAGUGGCCCAAAAUUAAAGAAGGAUCUUUCCUCGCAAUUUCAAGAAAUGCGGUUGCAGGACUUCACCUUACAAGACUUCGAAAAUGCCACCAUCGCUCACAUCCACAUACUUAAAGAGAACCAGCAAAUGUUUGGUAGUCACGGAAGCAUGUCUCUGUUCAAUGUCACAGGAACAAUCCCCGCCCGUGUCGUACUUAAUCGUCUGACAGCACGCCUGGAACAAGCACAUCUUUCAGAAGCGCAGUGCGGUUUCUGUAAACGGCGCGGAACCACAGACACGAUCUUUGUGUCCAGUCGACUGCAGAAGAAGUGUCGGUCCGGCAAAGACCUCCAGCACAGUGAACCGCGGUGGAAUUUGGGAUAUCCUGAGUGA